AAACAUGUCUCAACAAUUCCAACCCGAAGUUAAUCCACUCAACAACAAUAAUGUCCCAGUUCUUUCAAACAACAACUUCCCAUCAUCAACUGAUCAGUUGAAGCCAUCUUCUUCAUCGUCAUCGUCCCAUUCAAACGGAUCGUUCGGAUUAACUUUUUUAAUCCUCGGGGCGAUACUGGUUGUGAGCGUUUUGGCCUGCGUUGUCAAUAGGAUGUGCAGCACCAAGAGAAGAAGCAUUAAUGAUAAUAAUAUUAAUCAUCGUCGUCACGAGGAUGAUGACAACAAUAGUCACGUUCGUCGCGACCGUGGGGUAAAAGUCCCAAAAUCAGAUCAUCAAGGAAAGAAUAGGGACUUGGAGCUGGGGAAGAUAAAGAGUACAAGUCAUUCUUCCAAAGUUGCACCCAACUCAUCUUCAUGAGAAGCAUCAAUUGAAGCAACAAGAAGAAGAAAAGAAAACUCCAACUCCAUGGUAGUAUGUUAAGGAAGAAGAAGAAGGAGCAAGAAAACCAUCCAAAGUUUCCAAAUUUUGAGUCCAAAAACGCAGCAGCAACUUCAAGGUAAAAACUGAAAUUUUUCAUCCUUUAUCUCGAAAUACUUUUUGAGCCAAAGUUGUAUCCCCGGACGUUACGAAUCCAACCCAACAAACGGCUCGCGAUUUCGUUAAGUAACGAAGAAGAUAUGGCCAAAAUACCGGGACUGCGCCAGUGGUGGCGAGCUCCUCGGGUUGGCAUGUUUUUCUUCACCAAAAUUCAUAUUAUUUCAUCCCAAAUACUUACCAUAAACUCUCUAGCAAUUAUUAGGAACAUCCGGAAGGUAUUGCAAAGAAAGUUCGGCGUUGGAAUGUUGAAGUUAGUGAGUUAAUCGUCGGAAUCAUGUUCAUCGACAUACCCGAAAUUCUGGACAGCAACUUUCUAUUGACUUCAGAUCCGAUUUACGCUAUCUUACAUAUGUUAAAACGAAAUACUUUCUAUACGAAAGUUAUAGCCUUACGUCUUAGGAAUCCACAGAAUCAAACGGUUUGCGAUUCCGUGAAGAAACGAUGGAGAUAUGCUCAAAAUACCGCAGGCUGUCCAAUUGUGACGGGAAUGACAAAGUUGGUGAAUUUCGAUAUUGUUUUCACUCCCGCUCAUCCGUAAGGUUUCGGCCGAUGAUUUCCAGGUCUGUACUCUUGCGUUAGACUUGUCGAAUCAUUCAUUACAUACGUACAUGAACAUAUAUAUUAAUCCAUAUGUUGAAACCAUCCCAAAAUAUAUAUGUGAUGCAUAUAUAAGUCAUCUAUAUGUUGAGAUCAAAAUACACCAAAUCCAUAAAGUUUAUAUACACAUAAGUAAAUAUAAACUUUGGAAAUCAACCCAACAAUAUGUAUAGAUUAAUAAAAGGUGUUUAAAAGACUUAAAGAAGUAUUUUGGACACUCAAAAUAUCAAGAGAAAGAUUCGCAGACCCAAACGGUUGACACAAACGGUCGACCGUCAUAUUAAACUUCGAAACGGACCACUACUGUCAGCAAAACGGUCGACCUCCGUCGGCGAACGGUCGACCGUCGCCAGCCCAGCAGAACGCCGCCGUUCCAACAAGUCAACAACGGUCGACCGCCGGUCAACCACGGUCGACCGUCACGCGUGAUAUGCGGGACUCAGCAGUCCGACAUCACCCGUUCCGGGCUUAGUGUACGUACAUGGUAUUCAGGCUUUCGAGUACCACCCCCAUUUUUCUAGUCUCACCUCAUUCGUGAGACUAAGGUGGCGUGAGUUCGUCGUACAACCUGGGCGAAUCUCAUAGCACAAGGGUCGUCCUUCGUGCAAAUCCAAGUACGUAGUACAAUAGUAGUAGUUCAUGUAACUAAUGUAUCCACAGUACAUUAGUAGUAGUUCUUGUUAGUUUAACUAAUUUACACUUUAGUACAAUAGUAGUAGUUCAUGUAACUAAUGUAUCCACAGUACAUUAGUAGUAGUUCUUGUUAAUAUAACUAAUGUAUUCACACAUGAAAUCAUCAUGAAGAACAAUUAUAUUGAUUACAUAAGUGUCAUGUAAUCAUCAUCAAGAAUAAUUAUAUUGAUUAAAUAUGCCAUCAGGUAAUCAUCAUUAAAUAUCCACCAUCAUAAAUCAUCAAAUUGAACAUAUGAUAUAAUGUGCCAUAUCAUGAAUAUUUUUAUACAUUUUGUGGACGUAUAUAUAUGUAUAUGUAUAUGUCUAUGAAUCGUUCUACAAUUCUAGCGUGGUACCACUCAGCGGUUUCGCUGAGCGUGUAGUUUGUAUUUUUCGUUGACUACACGUAGGUAACAAGAAGACAAUGAUGGAACCUUUCCCGGAGGGCAUUGAGUCAGAGGAGAUGCAAGGAUGGCAGGCAAAUGUUGAUCAUCAGAUUUUCAAAUGUGUCAUGAUUUGAUUAUUAUUGUACUUCCGCAUUACUUUGAAAAUAUUUUUUUAAAUGGGUCGCGAUCCAGAGUCUAUAAAUUUAAUAUUUAUAA